GUGUGGAGGCGGUGUCCUGCGGAGCUGCUUUUUCUCUCGUUUGCAGCGGCGAAACUUCUCCCUGGUUCUAGCGCCGGGGUAGUAGCCCCGAAAGAACUGCCCAGGCAGCGGGUAGGGGAGGAGCACAGAGAACAUCCCAGGGUAAUGUGAGCAGAGCCCAGGAAUGCCUUAUGUGGAUCGGCAGAACCGAAUCUGUGGGUUUCUGGAUAUCGAGGACAAUGAGAACACUGGCAAGUUCCUGCGGAGGUACUUUAUCCUGGACACUCAGGCUAACUGCCUCCUCUGGUACAUGGACAAUCCCCAGAACCUGGCGGUUGGGGCAGGAGCUGUUGGAUCUCUGCAGCUGACUUACAUCUCGAAGGUGAGCAUAGCUACCCCAAAGCAGAAACCGAAAACUCCAUUCUGCUUUGUUAUCAAUGCCCUGUCUCAGAGAUAUUUUCUUCAAGCCAAUGACCAGAAAGAUCUGAAGGACUGGGUUGAAGCUUUGAACCAAGCCAGCAAGAUCACUGUACCCAAGGCUGGGACCCUACCCUUGGCCACUGAAGUUCUCAGAAGCCUCACAGCUCCUCCCACCCUAGACAAGAAGCCGCAGGUGGCCUACAAGACCGAGAUCAUUGGAGGAGUAGUGGUCCAAACACCCAUCAGCCAGAAUGGUGGGGAUGGGCAGGAAGGGAGUGAGCCAGGGUCUCAUGCCUUCCUGCGGAGGUCUCAGAGCUACAUCCCCACAUCAGGCUGCCGUCCUCCCACCGGGCCUCCCCUCAUUAAGAGUGGCUACUGUGUGAAGCAAGGGAACGUGCGGAAGAGUUGGAAACGACGCUUCUUUGCCCUCGAUGACUUUACCAUCUGCUACUUCAAGUGUGAGCAGGACAGAGAGCCCCUGCGUACUAUACUGCUCAAGGACGUUCUCAAGACUCAUGAGUGUCUCGUCAAGUCUGGCGAUCUCUUAAUGAGGGACAACCUGUUUGAAAUCAUAACCACCUCCAGGACAUUCUACGUACAGGCAGACAGCCCCGAAGACAUGCGCAGCUGGAUUCAGGAGAUUGGAGCAGCUGUCCAGGCCCUCAAGUGCCACCCCAGAGAACCAUCCUUUUCUAGAUCCGUUUCUUUGACUCGCCCUGGAAGCUCAAGCCUUGCCAGCGGGCCCAACUUCAUCUUGAGGAGGAGACCGGCAGUGGAGGAAAAAAGGGCUCUCUGUAAGGCCCCUUCUGUGGCCUCCUCCUGGCAACCCUGGACACCUGUCCCCCAGGCUGGGGAAAAGCCACUGUCAGCUGAGAACGCUCCGGCUCCGGAGGAUUCUUUAUUCCUGCCUCACCCUGGGCAGAGCAAUGCUACCGGGGUGCUGGCGAGUUCACGGGUCAGGCAUAGGUCGGAGCCCCAGCACCCUAAGGAGAAGCCAUUUGUGUUCAACCUCGAUGAUGAAAACAUACGGACCUCUGAUGUGUGACGUGCAGUACUGUGGUAUGCCGGAGAGAUGUCACUGUGACUCAGUUUCUCUGCCGCGGUGGAGGACAGAGGCUAAUGGCACUCACAGUGGAGGGACCCAUCCAGCUGGCUUUUGUUUUUGUUAUUAUUUAAUUGGGGGGAAUCAUUAGGAUAGACCCACAGGCACACUCUGUUGCCUCUUGAAUGCCCUCCUUUCCCCAGGUUUCAUAGUGAAGGGGUUAGUUUUAACUGUUAAAACCGGGAGAGGGGUGGUUAGAGUCUAGUUUUACCCCUAACCAGUACCCUCCCCACCAUUUGUAUUUCUUUCAUUUUCUUGGUUUUGUUUCCAGUUUAUAUACAGGAUAUCAGGCUAAGAGCUGGUUUCACCUACCCCUGUUUAUUGGCUGAUGCGUGGAAAUCAGGCAAAGGGUUGCCAUAGGGACUGAAAGGCCUCGGGUUCAGGAGACUCUGGUUGCAGCAUGAUUGGGUCUCAUCUGAGAGGUGGCCUUAGAAUCUGGGGAGUGAAGGGCGAACUUCAUAAAGUCUUUCCGGGCAUUUCCCUCAGGACGCCUCCCAGGGGAAGAGAGAGGACCUCUUAUGAGUCAUGAGGGCUAAUUAAACUGCCAUAGCCACUUGUGGGAAUUACACUGUCCUCUUGCUCCCCUGUGACCCCCAGUGUUCUCAACGUGGGUGACAGAGCCACAGCUCUGUUUGCUGUGUGUCUGGUCCUGAGGAUAGCAAGGAUGGCGUUAUCAGUGUUAAAAUGCCAGGACCGUGGAGAUCAGAACGGACGUUUCCCUUGAAACCAUGUUAUUUGAGUAUAUGUGUGGUGGUUAAGUGUAGAAUGAUUUCCUCUGUGUGUGUGUGUGUGUGUGUGUGUGUGUGUGUGUGUAUUCACUCUCUAUCUCAGAGCCUUAAGGUGAAGCUGCUCCUGAGAGGCACCAUCUUUGACUCAUGCUUUCCAGACAGGAGAAUGGUGCUGCUUUGGCACAGCCGGUCUUGAACCCCUGUCUCUCAGCUCUUUAAGAAAGGGGCAGUGUCUAACGUUAAGUGCUUGUAUAUUGCACCCUGCUGAUGGACUUGCUUUUUAUACUUUUAAGUUGCCCGGUAAAUGAAGCCAUGCAUAUAGUAGGUGGAACCCUAGCAUCUGAUAAGAUCCUAUACACUCCCCAGUGGAGAGACAAAAGAUGUUUUUUUUUCCCUAAUGGUUAUAUUUUUCAUGGAAGAGAAACUGGGAAUAAAGAAGCUGAAUCAGGAAAAAUCACUGGCUAGGAUGUGUAUUUUAGUUAGAAACUUGUAGCUCAAAGAAGAGACUUGGAGACUUUUUUUUUUAAUUAUUUAAGCCAAUCACCACUCCUGUGUCUAUAGUUAAUGCAAAAGAAAAGCAGGCACAAAUCUCUGUAAGUGUGAGAGGAAGCGUGUAAGUGUGAGAAAAGUGUGUUCUUUCUAAUGUGGCUGAAACCCUGAAGCCGGUGCCACACUGAAGACUCCUGAGCUCAACGUGUGGGAGCUGUCCCCCACUAUAAGUUUGGCCUUGUGUUCCUGGUCUAAAAAACAAAACCCACUGGAUCUCCAUUUCUUUUUCUGUUCUCUAUCUUUCACCCCUCCCCCUUUAUUAUUGUUUUUUUUUAAAUAAUUUUUGUGUAUUUUGGUUUUCAUAAACUCUUGGUUUGGGGAUUAUUUAUUUAUGAGUGACCAAGGUUACAGCUUACUUCAAACGCCAAAUUCUAAAAGCCCUUUGUCUCUGGUUUCAACUUAAAAUCUUUCUCUAGAAAAUUCUUUGGCUGCUCAACGGAAUUGCUCAAUGUGAGAUGAGGAAGUAAUGAAAAUAAGUCAGGAGCUCGGGAGUGAGCUUUCCUCAUCUCCUGACUCAUGCAGAUGAUGUCAUGUUCUGGCGUUUAAAUUGCAAAAUCUGUCUGUCUCGCUGCAACACACCGCUAGCUAGGCUAUUACUAGGCUGCAUUAACUGGUCAUUAAACGCUGAUAGUCUCAUUAAGUAUUUCGAGAUUGUCGUUAGAUUAAACCCAGUGCCUUUUACAUUAUAUAAAGAAAGGGAAAGAUCAGAGUUUCAGUGACUCUACCUGGCCAAUACACGGGAAUUCCUAGUUAGAACGUUGUUAAUAUAGCUUCAGUGUUAAGAAAGCAUAAUUAUCUUUGUGAAGUCCAGAAACAUUCCAAUUCUCAAUUCUUAUUUCAGAAUUCCCUUUCUGUCUGGAUUUCUGACCAGUUGUAUACUCAUCUCCCCGUUUAAAAUCCAUUUGCUUUUGCUGGAGUCUUGCUACGUAGUUCAGGCUGACUUUGAACUGAUAAUCCUCCUGCCUCUGCCUCCCGAGUUCUUGGAUUACGAGCUUGUACUACCAUAGCUGGCCUCUCACAGUGUUUUAAUGUGAGUCAAAGAUUAGUGCAUGAACCUUCAGUGUUCGAUGUAUAAACUAGAACCUGGGGUGGGGGAAAAUAGGGUGUGAUACAGUGUGGAUUUGUGAAUAAACGUAUGUUGUGGCUAAAUCAGAAGGGAUUUCUGAAUUAUAAAAGGUACUGCUUUUUAAAUGUAUUUUUUUUUUUUUUGGUGGAAUAAAAGCAGUCUCUGAGGUCGGGUUCUUCUACAAGGCUCCUAAGGCAGUGUUCUCCGCAAUUUAAGGGCUCACCAUCCUUUAGCCUUGAAAGAUUUGAUGGGCUUGCUUACCAAGAUCAGGUGAGAAUUAGCAAAAAUACUGUGCCUUUCUCAUUCUGUGGACACUGAUGAGGGUAUGGAAGAUCAUGGCCUAGGGAGGGACCUCAGGUCAAAGCAGUAGAAUAAUGUCUCUUCUCCAGGUACAAUGCUGAGCUCCUGGGGAAAGAUUUAAGGCCCAGCAUCUUAGUUUACUGGAAGCAAACUGGUUUUGCUUCAGGACUAAAAUGACUCUCCGAAUAAAUAGCAGAUCAGCCGUUGAACAGGGGAUUUGACAUUUUCAGUAUUAACCAAAUAAACAGCCAUCUGGUAGGCAAUGGCAGCAUUUUGGAAAUUAAGUUUCCCAUGUCACUUCUAACUUGGAUUUUUUUUUUCUCUCUAAAAUCUGUUUUUCUCAUUGCUCCCCUUCCCUCCCUUCUCUCUGGGUGUUAUUGCCUGCUCGAGUCAAUUACAGUCACUCAUACUAGGUAGGCUUUGAAUAAAGUGAAUGUCUGGCAAAAACACACAGCGUGACCCAUUGGUCCUCUGUUUAUGAAGGUGUGGCGUGUCCCGUUUGAGCCGGUGUUUGAGCUGUGAAACACACCUCCAAAGGCACUGAGCUAAGUGCAUGGAAACUCCAGCUUCUUAUGUUGUGUGAUUUCCUAAUUGGUAUGUAGCAAAACGUCAUUUUCUAAAACUGUUUGGUUGCUUGUUUUUGUAAUAAAAACAUGUGAAAUA